AUGGCCGAACACAAGUACAAAUUCAACGUCACGAUGACCUGCGGCGGCUGCUCUGGCGCCGUGGAGCGUGUUCUCAAGAAGCUCGAUGGCGUGAAGAACUACGACGUCUCCCUCGACACGCAGACCGCCGAAGUCACGACCGAAGACAGCGUGAGCUAUGCGACCGUCCUCGAAAAGAUCCAAAAGACGGGUAAAAAGGUCAACUCUGGCGAGGCAGACGGGGUUCCACAGAGCGUGUAA